CGGACCCGGUCACUUGCCUUCUUUAGCUAUGCCCUCAAGAUCCCAAUAGAAAACGGAAAACAACAGAAAAAAAUAGUCAGUCGCAAAGCUCAGAGCUUUAGCAACGAUCACAAGCUACAAUUCAUCACCGCCAAAUCCAAUUAAACAACAUAGGUAUUUGCCUGCUAGAAUCAUCGAACCUGUAAGAAAUUUCCCUUCUUUUUUUUCUUCUUGUUUGAAUCCAUCACGAUGGACCCACUUUCCGCCCUCCGCGACUUCACAAUCCGGGGUGAGCUCGACAAAAUCGUCCGAGUCAACGACGAGUUCCGAUUUGGCACCGAGUAUUCCUUCCCAUGUUCCGCCGAAACCGCCUACCGUUCCAAGCAAGGCAACCUCUACAACCUUGAAACCUUGGUUUUCUACAUCCAAAAUCACCAUCGCAGGCACACCGAGUACAUGCACAACUCCCUCUCCCUCCGUAUCCCCGCCGUCACUUUCACCGACCGGAAACCCCUCCUGGAUUACCUUACCGGGAAAGUCUCCACUUCCGACUCUAUCGUUUGGAAUCCACCUAAGUUCCCUGACGAGUUUCGACCUGACCCAUCUGGGUUCGAUCCGGAUAGUACUAAACCUAAAGGUAAUGCCAAUGAUGCUGUUUUGGAUGAAAUAGGAGAUGCCCAUUUUAGUAUUAAAGAUAAAGAGACUGAAACUGCGGAUUAUAUGGGAAUAAUUCGAUCGGUUGAGAAACCAUUGAAGGAUAGAGAAGGGAUCUUGGAAUGUAAAAAUAAGGAUUUUUAUAGUGUUCUUGUUGCAGCCACCAAAAGGGAAGAAGAAAGGCAGAGACUUGAGUCUCAGCAGAGGAAAGAUGGGUUAGUUGCUAAGAGUAGAUUGAUGGGGGCUGAAGAGAGGGGAUUGGGGUUAAGUUAUGGAGAUGAAAUGAUGGGAUUUGAUUCGAAGCCGAAAAUGCAUUUAAAAGGGAGCAAACUUGGGGAAGGAGUGCCUAUUAUUUUAGUGCCGAGUGCUUUCCAGACUUUGAUUACUAUUUAUAAUGUGAAGGAGUUUUUGGAAGAUGGGGUUUUUGUGCCUACUGAUGUGAAGGUGAAACAGAUGAAAGGGGCAAGACCGGAGUGUGUUACUGUGCAGAAGAAGUUUAGUAGGGACAGAGAUAGGGUAGUAACAGCCUAUGAAGUGAGAGAUAAGCCUUCUGCUUUGAAGCCAGAAGAUUGGGAUCGCGUGGUGGCAGUAUUUGUGUUGGGGAAAGAGUGGCAGUUCAAGGAUUGGCCUUUCAAGGAUCAUGUGGAGAUUUUUAAUAAGAUUAUUGGUUUUUUUAUGCGAUUUGAAGAUGACAGUGUAGAAUCUGCAAAGAUUGUGAAGCAAUGGAAUGUGAAGAUUAUCUCGAUUAGCAAGAAUAAGAGACACCAAGAUAGGGCUGCAGCUUUGGAGGUUUGGGACAGACUCGAAGAAUUUGUGCGGGGACGAUCACAUUCGUAAAUCAUUCAGCUUUUAGGAAACAUUAAUAUGUAUGUCUUUGAUGUUCAUGUGCUAGGCUUCAUCGUUAAUGUAUUUUGAAUUUUUUUCAAGUAUUCAAGAAUAUCGAUAAGCUUUUUAUGACAAUUGGCGUUCUUGUUAUAUUCCUCUUGUGAUGCAUUGCAAUUCAAUGAAGUGAAUAUGUGUCUAGAUCCUUUUGUAA